ACCUCUUACCUUCGCGAGCAUCGUGGCGCAUUGGACCCAAGCUACGUCACCGUGUGGGGAGGCGAGGCGUCGGAGUUUCGCCCGGUUGUCAUUCCCCGAGGAAAAGAAAAAGAAGGUGUGAGUGAAAUCUACCUGGCCUCGGACACCUGGUGCUCGUCACAUACAUGUCGGUUGUCGAGUGUCAUUCCCCCAAAGACUGUCAACGCUGGCUUCACUUAGAAGUAGGACGGAGAAGGCUUUACAGGAUGCCAAGAAGAUCCUGACUCGCAGCAGCACCAGGAUGAGCGUGACGUCAUGGUUUCUGGUCAGCAGCUCAGGCAUGCGCCACCGGUUGCCACGGGAGAUGAUCUUUGUGGGUCGGGAUGAUUGCGAACUCAUGCUACAGUCUCGAAGUGUCGACAAACAGCAUGCUGUGAUUAACUACGACACAAACACAGAUGAGCACAUGGUGAAGGACCUGGGCAGCUUAAACGGGACAUUUGUGAAUGACCUCAGAAUUCCGGACCAGACCUACAUCACCCUCAAGCUUUCCGAUGUAAUUCGCUUUGGUUAUGAUGCUCAUGUAUAUAUCCUGGAGAAGAUUCAACACAAAGUCCCAGAGGAAGCUCUCAAACAUGAAAAGUACACUAGCCAGUUGCAGCUUGGCCUAAAAGCCUUGGAGGCCAGUGUGAAGGACAAGCAGCAGGUCCAUAGCACAGAUAAAAGAAAAGAGGCCUUUUCUAAUGCUAAGCUACCUCUGAAGAGCGAGCGCCGAGCCCUCUCACUCACAGGUCCUACAGAUGCACCAAUAUCCAAGCCAACUCCUCUUUAUGGCCGGCCGUCCUGGUGGGGGGAGGAUGAAGACCCGGCCACUAAAAUCCACAACCGAACUGGAAAGUCCACUGAACAUCAGUCGCCAGAAAAAGGUAAAAAUGUGUCCAGACAUGAGCUCAGUGGUUCUCUGUCUGAAAAUCAAGGCAAGUCCAUAUUUUCCUACCGCCGAGAGCCCAGCUACUUUGAGAUACCCACAAAAGAGCUCCAGCAACGUCCUCAUAAGAAAGUAGAGUUGGAAGUUCAGGAAGUUCCGACAAAGGACACUCAAGAUCUCUCUCAACACUUCCCAUUUACCCCUACACCACCUGUGGUCCAAAGCCAUGCCUCCUUCACUAUCGAAUUUGAUGAAUGCACCCCAGGCAAAAUGAAGAUCAAAGACCAUGUGACCAAGUUUUCAUUCCGUCAGCAGCGUAAGCCACCUCCCACAGAGGCUGUGACCACGCCCACUGAGGUUUUAUCGGCAGAAAGUAAGGUGGCUGACUGGCUCGUUCAAAGUACUGCUAACAUGAAGAGGACAAAAUCACAGGGUGAAAGCUUCUUAAGCAGUGACCAGCUACUUGUAAAGAAUAGCGAGGUAAACCAUGGAAAUGGUUCUGACAGCGGUUCAGAGGAUCCUGCAUUCAAUAAAAAGGGUUGUCUCCAAUCAAGCCAGAGAACCUCCCCCCCACAGCGCUUCACAGACUCAGAACUGCUGUUGUCUUACUCUCCUCCAGACUCUCAGUCUGGUACUAGCAAGACGGAUCCUCACCAAGCCUUUGUCAUAGAAUUCAUCAAUGAAAAUUUUGAUGAAAACCCCAGACUGAAGCGUUCCCAGACUGCACCACCCGAGCCUCUAAAUUUCAGGGUCCAGCUUGAUAAGGCCAAGAAAAGCCCAAGCCCUAAUGGUGAGGGUCAAGUCCAGCCUCCAGCCUCUAACACGCCCCCAACACAGCGGUACACCAUACCCCUCAAAGAUCCUGCUUCCACAGGCUCUCAGAGAGCUGGCUCUCUACGAAGGGAAAAGACAGAGGAACGAAUUAGCAUCAGCUCCUCAUCACAGUCAUCGUCCACAAUUUCUGUAAGGCCUUUUAGUAGUGUGGGCCGCAGAUCCAAACUUGCAAAGGAAUUUACUGCUGAAUGGCUCAAACAGACAAAACAUAUGUCUUCUUCCAGUGGUGAGAAAAAGGCAGCUAGUCCUCCAACAAAACCUGAACCUGAGACAUUGGUAGUCUCACACGCUGAUGAGACCCUCACAAGCCCUCCUACUGUGAAUUCUUCCCAUUUGCCAAAUACAUCCUCUCCCAUCCACCAUCCCGUUCCUCUCAAGGCACCUAAAAUGCCUUUGGUUUCUCCAAGUGUAGAGGUCAAGGUCCAGCAUGGCCACCUUAAAAAUGAAGAGGACGAAACUUUAAGUGAUGCUGGAACCUACACUAUAGAAGCGGAUCUCCAAGAUAAAGAGCUUGAAGAGGCACGGAACAAGAUUGACCAGGUUUUUGGCGUUGUUGAGAACCCUGAGAGAACCAACCAGAUUGAAGCACAAACAUCAACAACAUUUAGGCCUGUUAAUAAUGAGGGCAGGGAGCAGCAUAGAGAGAGUAGCAGUGGGGAGGUGAGGCCAGCUCCACAUCAUGGAGCAAGUGGGGUGAAGGUCCAGCCAGCAGUGUUGCAGGGAGCUCCAAAAUGGAUGUCUUGCUGGGCCAGUUUAGCGGACAGCUUUGUGGAAUCUGGCCCUUCGUCUGGCCUGUUUAAUAUUUCGUCCCAGAUAAAUAUGCCAGGAGGAGCACGGGGCACAAUCAUCCACAAGACUACACUCAGCCAAAAUUAUGACAGCCUCGACUCUGAAUGCCCACAAUCCCUUCUUGGGGAGAAGACUGACGUUCCAGCUCCCAGAAUUCAUAUUCACUAUGACCCACAUGCAACAUUUGAGGUGGAGGAAAGUAGCUUGGUGGCUGCAAACUCUCCGGAUGGCAUUCAUAGGUUGUCUGUGCAAGAUGAUGUGGAGCCUGAUAGCCUUAGUGAUGCCAGUAAGUCUGAUGAUGGCUCCAUUGUAGAGCAGAGGAGAAGGCCACUAACGGAGACGGGGGAAAAAAAAAAUAAAGAUGAAGAGUCAAAAUCAUUCUACAUAGGAUCAGAAGAAGAUACACCACAAUACCCUAAAAACAAGGAAGGGAAAAGACGUUCCCCUAAAACCUUCUCAACAGCUACUUUAACCAAACACAGAGGUAGCCAAGAGUCUGAUAAAGUCAAGCCAAGCAUGUCUGCUCCUAUCCUGGCCCAAGCCACACAGAACCCUGAGUCCAAGGACAGCUCACUAUCUUCCCUAGUCAGACAAGAGAGCUUCACCAAGGAGCACCCUAGUACUGCUAGACUCCCCAACAUCUCUUCUAAAAGCAACCUAGAGCACAAUUCCUUCCAGUCAGCAUACAGUCAGGACACCCAUUCUUACCUCAAAGAAACUGAGAAUGUCCUGGCUGUGCUAGAGGCCAAACUCCAAGCAGGCCAAUCAGAAAACGCACCUUCUCCCAUUCCAGAUUCCCUCUCUGGGGAAUCCGAUGUGGAUUCCUCCAGCACACUCAGCAUGAAGAGCAGUAAGACCAGGUCACACUCUAAAAUAACUCCACUGAGUAGUCUCCACAGGGAGACCUCCUCAACCAGCAUAUCUAGUCACUGCUCAAACCACCCGUCUUCUGUUUUGAACCAGCAACAAGGAAAGAAUGAACCCCUUAGAAAACCAGUUGGACUUAGACGUAGUGUUGGCAAAUGUGGCUCCAUGGACCUAAAUGACGACCCUCAAAAUUUUAAUGUUCGGUGCUCCGAUCAGGAGUUAAACUCUAUACAGACUAGUAGAAAAUACACGGUGCCUCUUCAGAGGGAAGACGCUAAGAGUUCUAGAGUAACACAAGCUUUGACUCGUGUCAACAGUUUGUCAGCACCAAGACCUACUCGGGCGUCCAUGCUCCGACGAGCGCGCCUUGGCGAAGCCUCCGACAAUGAAAGCACUGAGACAGACAGGCUGUCUCAGGAGGCAGCUAAUGUACCUACAAAGCAGCCACAGGAAACCAAAAAACUGUCUAGAUGGGAUAUGCUGGCGAUGCCUCGACGGCGGGCAAGCUCCUUCCAUACACCCAGUGACACAGAGAGCUCCUCCGCCCCUCAGUGGAUGGGAAGGAACUCUGCGUUCCCAAACCGCUACACAGAGUCUGGAAGCGGCUCCAGUUACAAGACCUCAGCUUUGGGGCCAAAACCUGGCGAAAGGCCUCAGAAACCCCCUCUCACCAAGACACCUAUCACCCGUGUCCGCUCCAGCAGUGCCAAAUAUGCCAGCAGCACAGCAAGCUCUCGGAGACGACAGAAGGGUUCUGGCUAUGCAUCCACCUCAGAUGAGGAGUACGACUCCAGUCAAAGCACACCAAAACACAAACGCUCCCAACCUUCCUCAGCCUCCCACAGCCCACACCGUCAACCUCGAGCUCACCCAGUGGUCCUAGUGCGCCCGAAGCCCCGCGACAAAGAUUCUGAAGAGGAGAUCCAGGAGGCAGAGGCCUUCCAGGAUUGGUCCACACACAGUGCUGAGAUUGCACGUUUGAGUCAAGACCUGGCCAAAGAUCUUGCUAUCUUGGCUAGAGAGAUUCAUGAUGUGGCAGGAGAAAGCGACCAGAAGAGCUCAAACGUGGAGAGUAGCAUGCCUGUUUCUGCAAUGACCGCUCACGAAAAGCUGGUUCACCAUAUACCAGAGACCGGAUUAAACUAUGAAAGAGACCCUCCUUAUUCUUCACCAGCAGCGGACCCUUAUCUGAACUUGCGUGAUCCUGAGCCAAACCCCAUGGACCAACCGAACAACAGACAGGAGGUCACCGUAGAUGACCCCAUGCUCAAUCCAGUGUCUCAGGUCAUCAUGGCCAUCAGAGAGAACACGGAGCAACUUUCCGAGAAGAUCAAAGUAAUGUUUCAGGACAAAAUGGAUAUUUGGGAACAAAUCGAGGCUGAAGUUACUUCGGAUAGCGAUGGUCUUGUCGUGAAGACAUCCAACAAGGACAUCACUUCUAUUUUGAAAGAACUCAAGAGAGUCCAAAGACAACUUGAGGUCAUUAAUACAGUCAUGGAGCCGAGUUGCCAGGUGGAUAGUGGACGGUCCUCUAUGUCUGAAGUCCCAUUGUCCUUGGGGAAUCGCUCUUCUAGACCUGCAGCCUCACGAGACUGGAGAACAGUCCACUCCAUUUCGAAGCGAGGCGGCGGUCGGAGACCAGGCGAGAGCGUGCGGAGAGCCGCCGUGACGCCAGAAGACCUUAGAGAGGGACGCUUGGUUUGACAUCAUCAAACACAGGUGUCAGACUUUUUAAUUUUGCAAGAAGUGAAAAUAGAGUAUAGGGGAAGUGGAAGUUGAUACAGACUUGGAAUCUCCCUCACAGCCAGUCAAACACACUACUAAACUUGCCAGUGAAUCUGUCCUCAACGCUAUUUAUGUGGGUUGAGUGAAUGCGUGCGUAUGUGCAUGCGACAUCCACCCAUUCAUUUGCCAAUGAAUUGCCAACUGCUGAUUUAGAGACAGAUGAAGAUUAAUUUGUUGCGUUAAAAAAAGCAUCCUGAGAGGGUUGAAAUCAGGGAUCCCAAUAAUUUUUUAUCACAGAGUGUCUACUAUUUAUAAGGGCUCUUUUGUGGGAAACUCAUUUAAUGUAUGUAAUGUCGUGGGGGAGACAUUUAUUUGUCUCAAUAAGUUUGUCAUUUUUAUCCAUCUGAAUUAAAGUGAGCUCACUAAAUAUUUGCACAAGUGAUAUAGAAGCAUGCAGUAUGCUUUAUUUUGUAGGAUAAUAUGAGGCUUCUACCACAUCAUCUUCUACUAAGACGUCCCCUUAAUCACAUGGUCACUUCCAGCAGGUCUCAAUGUGGUGUCCUUUUAUUUUAUAUUUUCGUAAGGACAACUUUUGAGUCUUUGAUCGUUUAUUACCAGUUACCUCUAAAUUUCUUGGGGAUUUUUUGCACUAUACAUUAUCCCCUUGUCUCUACAUGCUGCAAUUAAGAAAAGCUUUUUUUUCCUGUGUGAAAGCAGGAUGAAGGUGCUUUACCAUGAUGCACCAACUCUAUGUUGGUUCUCUUCCCAGUCCAGGUUGUGCGUGAUUGUAAGGUUGAUGCAAGUGCCAUGGGAGCUGUGUUAGGACGCUUCUUGCAGCCAAGUUUGAGUGGAUGUAUGAUGUGUUGCUGCUAAUCAUCUUUGAUGCUUGGGUUUAGUCCCAACAAGGACCUUACAUACAUACAAAGCUACACCAUUAUGUGUCAAUUUGUGUUGUUUUUCUUUCUAUAAGCUAUUGAAAUUUGUGCUUCUUUAAUAAAGAAUCACAUGUACCAGUAGUUGUCUUAUUGGUGUUGUAAUAUGUUUGUUUCAAAUGAUUAUAUGGGUAUUUUUCAAAUAAAUGAAACUAGCAAAUA